AUGCUGGUUUCGCUAUGUUGCACUUGCAAACCAGGGAAAGCUUAAAGAGUUGGUCGGUGCCAAAUGACGAACCUUAUACAGACAGCAGUGCAAUCAACUCUCAUUCAGCACCUGGACAUGAAUCGGUGGUUUCUGUACAUAAUUCCUACUCUCUGGAUUUUGGCAUCCGUGAAACCAUUCGAUGUGGGUGGUGCCAAUGGAAGCAGAGGAACAUGCAGGCUGAUGUGGGUUUGCGGUGGAAUGUGACAAACCAUGAUCCAGAUAAGAUCUAUUGCAGGUGAAGUGUCGACGUGGUGUGCUCUGUACCUUCUACACACUCAUCUGUCACUUUCUUUCACAGGAAAUGCCAUGGACUCUGUUCGGCCAACAGCUGAGGUUACAAUGGAAGGUGACGCGGAUUGCCAUCCCAGCGCUCAUGUUUGACUAAAUCUUAAAGAUCAGACAUAUCGAUGGAUUGAUUUGGACCCACUGCCCGGAACUUAUCUGCGUUAUCGAAGAAUCGACUGCAUCGAUCUUAUUCCUCCUCUUAGAACAUUCUUUUCUUUCGCAUCGUUUAUCUCGAAUCAAUCCUCUGAAUCAUAUUCUUUUUCUUCUUUACCGUGGAAUGCUCGACAACCGCAUUUUUCUAAUGCGAUCUUUAUCCUAAACUUGUGACGAUUAAGAUCUAAUAUAAAAUUACUACUAAUCUAUCAUCGAAUGCGUGACCGUCCGAAUCAUAAUUAAGAUUAUCCGUGAACGGAACGAAGAAGGCGGGUAGGGUGGAUUCAUGCAUCUGCCGGCUCACAGGGGGGACGCACCGGGAAGUCUUUGAUGUCGUCCGACCACGUGUGUGGUGAUCGAUCAUCACAAGAAUCGGAUGUAUUUGGGCAAUCUCACGCGAGGAGAAGGCUAUAAAUGACGCUGCUCCGUUUUCACCCAUCGUCGGAAGCAUUGCCGGUUCCCUGUCCUCCUCAUCCGCUCAAGAUGCAGAUCUUCGUUAAAACUCUCACCGGCAAGACCAUCACCCUCGAGGUGGAGAGUUCUGACACCAUCGACAAUGUCAAGGCCAAGAUUCAGGAUAAGGAGGGCAUUCCCCCGGACCAGCAGAGGCUCAUAUUUGCCGGCAAGCAGCUCGAGGAUGGCCGCACCUUGGCUGAUUACAACAUCCAGAAGGAGUCCACCCUCCACCUUGUCCUCCGCCUCCGUGGUGGCAUGCAAAUCUUCGUCAAGACUUUGACCGGGAAGACCAUCACCCUCGAGGUGGAGAGCUCGGACACCAUCGACAAUGUCAAGGCCAAGAUUCAGGAUAAGGAGGGCAUUCCCCCGGACCAGCAGAGGCUCAUCUUUGCCGGCAAGCAGCUCGAGGAUGGCCGCACCCUGGCGGAUUACAACAUUCAGAAGGAGUCUACUCUUCACCUCGUGCUGAGGCUUAGGGGAGGCAUGCAGAUCUUUGUUAAGACCCUCACCGGGAAGACCAUUACCUUGGAGGUGGAGAGCUCGGACACGAUCGACAAUGUCAAGGCGAAGAUCCAGGACAAGGAGGGGAUUCCACCGGAUCAGCAGAGGCUCAUCUUCGCUGGGAAGCAGCUGGAGGACGGGCGCACCCUGGCAGAUUACAACAUUCAGAAGGAAUCCACCCUUCACCUGGUGCUCCGCCUCCGCGGUGGUCGCUAAGCCGUUUGGCUUGUUUGUGUCCGAUGCUUUGGUUGUCAUCGUCGUUCCAUCUGUCGUUGGCAUGCAUGCAAGUCCGUCCAGAAAGUGGAAUAAGCAUGACGUCGUUCGCUUCUUUGUUUCGUCAAGUGUCUAUGGUCGCCUUGUGAUGUCUCUCGGUGCGUUUGCUUUGUCAUUUCAAUAAUUACUUGUGGCUAUCGUUGUGUUCAGUGGUAUUAUUGUAUCAACACAAGUGAACAAUGUGUAUUUUAUCUAA